AUGGACACUGUGGACGGAGUGUCUUCCUUCACUCUGAAGAAAAAGACAGUGGACAUCAAAAAACUGGGAGGCAGAACGAAUGACAAGAAGCUAAAGAUAAAGAUGGUGGAAAUGCUUAAACUAAAGCCGGGAGAGAAGCUGACUUGUGUUUACCAGAUGGUCUACAACACCACUCCUGUCAUAUUGUCUUGCAUAGCUGGGUCGGGCGGUUUAGUGUCGGGAAUGUUCAAUAAAAUACUCCAUUUGUCGCUGUUGGGCAACAAAAAGGAGGAGACGAGCUAUACUGUCCCCGAAGACACCACCUUUGCUUACGGCCUGAUAGAGAUCAACACUAAGGGCGGGACUCUGGGAAUUAAACCACGAAUCACGAAAGAGAUACGUUUUGGGAAAGGAUGGGCAUGCAACAUCAGCUUCGAUGGUGAUGGAGACGACUCCUGUAAGACGCUGGAAAAACUGAAGGAAGAAAUAUCAGAAAAGGCAUUUCUUCUGCAGCCGCUGGAAACACUUCCUGAGUCAAGCCGUCGUAAUCUGCUGAAAGCGCUCCGUGAGAUCGUGCAUGACAGAGAUGCUCUCACGCUGCUGGAGGAAACAUUGGAUAAAGAAAUGACUGAGUGUCCACAGUCUCAGAGUGUCUCUUCAUUCAUGGCUCUUCUUCGUGAAGCCUCUUCCAGACAGAGAGAUGCUGUUAAUCUGCUGGUCACAGCCUUGGACAGUCUACCAGACGGUGCUGCUGCUCUUCUGACUGCCUGCAGUCCUGAAACACUGACAGUUCUCCAGCAACUGGUGAGUUGUCUAAUGGAGGACGGUCAGGCCAGACUCCCAGAGUCUUUGCCCGUCUCCCUGCAGGAGGGAGGAGAGCUUCGCUGGUUGGCCGAGCUUCUCUGUUUGACCGAUCAGAAGCUGAAAGAGAUGAAAGUUCAGUGGGACAGACCAGAGUUACCAUCAGAGAUGCUGCUGCAGCUUCUGUGUCUUGUCGUGAAGGGACUCAGCCCGAUGGAGCCUUAA